AGUCUAUCUCUGCUUUUCGUAAUUCUUUUGUCCAACAAAUAGAGCCAAAGAUAAAAGAGAUACUUGGCAGACUAGAAUCUCUAGCACAACAAAAGGAUCUUAUAGGUCUUAAAGAGGGUUUUGGAGGGAAAUCAUCUGAAAGAUUGCCCACAACUUCUUUGGUUGAAGAAUCUGAUAUUUGUGGUAGGGAUGUUGACAAGGAGGCAAUUAUUAAAAUGAUACUCUCAGAUGAUGCACGUGGCAAUGAGAUGAGUGUGAUUGCUAUAGUCGGCAUGGGAGGGAUGGGCAAGACCACCCUUGCUCAGUUUGUAUACAAUGACAAUAGGGUGAAGAAGCACUUUAAUAACCUUGAUGCAUGGGUUUGUGUUUCUGAAGAAUUUGACGUGUUCAAGAUAACGAAAACAAUUCUGGAGGCAGUAACUUCAUCAACUUGUGAUAUUAAGGAUCUAAAUCAACUUCAACUUAGGCUAAGGGAGUGUCUAACGGGAAAGAAGUUUCUACUUGUUUUAGAUGAUGUUUGGAAUGAAAGUUAUGUUCAAUGGGAGGCAUUGUGUAAACCCUUCAAAUAUGGGGCACAAGGAAGUAAGGUCCUUGUAACAACACGUAAUAAUAGUGUUUUAUCAGUUGCUAGAGCUCUAUCUCAUCGUCUAAUGGAGUUACCAGAAGAAGAUUGCUGGUCCCUAUUUGCAAAACAUGCAUUCCAUGAUGGUAACUCUAAUGCACAUGGAGAGUUAGAAGUAAUAGGUAGAAAAAUCAUUGAAAAGUGCGGAGGCCUUCCAUUAGCAGUCAAGACAAUUGGUGCUUUAUUAGGAUCUAAACCAGAUGUUAAUGAAUGGGAUAAGAUAUUAAAGAGUGAAUUAUGGGAUUUGCCAAUUGAUGAGAUGGGUAUUCUUCCAGCUCUAAGGUUAAGUUACAAAUAUCUCUCUUCACCUCUAAAGCAAUGCUUUGCUUAUUGUUCAAUAUUCCCAAAGGAUUAUGCUUUCAAAAAAGAUCAAUUAAUCUUGUUAUGGAUGGCGGAAGGUUUCAUAUAUCAACCCAAAAACAGAACAAUGGAAGAAGUUGGUAAUGAGUAUUUCCUCACUCUAGAAUCAAGAUCAUUAUUCCAAAAAUCAAGUGAUGACAAGUCAUGUUUUGUAAUGCAUGAUCUUGUGAGUGAUUUAGCAAAAUCUAUAUCUGGACAAUUUAUUUCAAGGUUGGAGGAUGGUUGUUCUCACGAGAUAGUAAACAAUACUCGCCACUUGUCCUAUUUUUUCAAACAAGAAUUUCAUAGCUUAAAGAAGUUUGAGACCCUUCACAAAGCUAAGAGGUUGCACACUUUCCUACAUUUAGAUAUGUCAGGUUAUAAUUGGCCCGCUACCACUUGAGUAAAAAAGUAGCACAUGAUUUACUGCCGACACUAAGAUGCUUACGGCUGCUUUCUCUGUCCAAGUAUAACAACAUUACUGAAUUGCCAGAGUCAAUUGGCAAACUUAAACACCUACGUUACUUGGAUCUCUCUUUCACUAAAGUUCAAAGACUACCCGAUUCUAUUUGUCAAUUGUGCAAUUUGCAGACAUUGAGAUUGUCAAAUUGUGAAAACCUUGUUGCGUUGCCAAGAGAUAUGUGGAAACUCAUUAGUUUACGUCAUCUUGAUAUUACCAAAACAGGCAUAAAAGAGAUGCCGAUACAUUUGGGUAGAUUAAAAUGCCUCCAUACGUUGACGAAAUUUAUCGUUGGCAAAGGUAGUGGGACUUGCAUUGGAGAGUUGGGAAAUUUUACAAAUCUUCAGGGAUCGCUUUCUAUAUUGGAGCUCCAAAAUGUUGAAUCUCCUACUGAUGCUUUGAAUGCAAGCUUGAGGGAUAAAAAGUACCUCCAAGAAUUGGUAUUGGAAUGGAAUGUUGAUAGUGAUUUCUCAAAAGAAAGUCAAAGAAGUGUACUUGAUAGUCUCCAGCCCCAUACAAGCUUGAAAAGCCUCACUAUUAGAUUCUACCGUGGUAAAAGUUUUUCAGAUUGGGUAGGGCAUCCUUCAUUCUCUAAUGUAGCAUCUCUUGAGCUACAAAAUUGUACGUAUUGCAACAAUUUGCCACCCCUUGGGCAGCUACAAUCUCUGCAGAACCUCUAUAUUUCUGGUUUUCAUGAAGUUGUUACAGUGGG